GCUCUGUCAUUGGUCUUGGUCAUUCAUAUAUACCCUGCUUGUUCAUUCUAUGUUUGUGGUUUGUUGUUAGAUGUCGCAGUCCCUUGUGUUCCCAUGGUUUUUGGUUUUGCCUUAUAUUCACUUUAUUUUGGAAUAAACUGCACUUGGAUCCGCAUCUUGCCUCAUCGUCUUGUCUUACCUGGUCUCUCCCGUGACAGAACAAACCACCACUCAGGAUCCAGCAGCAAUUCCUUGUUCCUGUGUUUUUCCAAGUUUCCUGGUGUGUUCCCUGUGUCCUCAUGCUCCGUGUCGGCGAUAUCCGAGUGCAAGUUUCACCCCCCACCACGGAGGAAGAAUGGUGGAACGCAAUCGCCGACCUGACUUCCCUCCGGCAACAGGGGAAACCUGUGCGCUGUUUUGCCCGGACUUUUUGGUCUUUUUCGCUGGGCCUGGACCUCAGUGACUCGGAACUUAAAAAUUAUUUUAAUGAAUGUCUCGAUGAACCCGUGCCGCAGCAAGAGGUGGACGGGUUGCAAAUACUCGAUUUCUGGGGCUUCGUGGGAUAUAUGCAUAACCGUGGCCGAUGGAAUUUAUGGGAGUUCCCCGCCGAGAGACCCGCGGAGACUGCCACACCCACACCACUUCACCAACCUGCAUCGAUGAACCCUCCAGCAUUGUCUAAAUUCCGACAUUUAAUCACCAAUCUGAUGGAUGUACCAUUGGUAUCUGUACGGAUGGCUGGGGUGCCCCGUUCUGUGGUUUCCAGCUCCGUGGUGCCUACUAAGUCUGAGGAACCCAUUGAGUCAUCUGAACCCUCUGAGCCGAGUGAAUCUCCCGAGUCCUCCGAGCCGAGUGAAUCUCCCGAGUCCUCCGAGCCGAGUGAAUCUCCCGAGUCCUCCGAGCCGAGUGAAUCUCCCGAGUCCUCCGAGCCGAGUGAAUCUCCCGAGUCCUCCGAGCCGAGUGAAUCUCCCGAUUCCUCCGAGCCGAGUGAAUCUCCCCAGUCCUCCGAGCCGAGUGAAUCUUCUGAAUUCUCCGAGCCGAGUGAAUCUUCUGAGUUCCCCGAUUCCCAUGAAUCUUCUGAGUUCCCCGAGUCUUCUGAUCCUCCUGAAACGAGUGAGUCUUCUGAUUCCCCCGAGACGAGUGAGUCUUCUGAUUCCCCCGAGACGAGUGAGUCUUCUGAUUCCCCCGAGACGAGUGAGUCUUCUGAUUCCCCCGAGACAAGUGAGUCUUCUGAGUCAUCUGUGCCGAGUGAGUCUUCUGAGUCAUCUGUGCCGAGUGAGUCAUCUGUGCCGAGUGAGUCAUCUGUGCCGAGUGAGUCAUCUGUGCCGAGUGAGUCAUCUGUGCCGAGUGAGUCAUCUGUUGUGGCCACCGCGAUGCCCCAGAGACUCUUUGUCGUCACCAAGACUAUGGCCAGUGCUGAACUCUCUGCAUGUCCCAAGAUGACUGUCCCCAAGCUCUUUGCCCUCACUGUCUGGUCUGAGAUGUCUAUAUUUGAACUUACUGCCUUGUCUAAUCAGGCCCAGAGGGCGUCUCUGUGUUCUCCUGUACCCAGGUUCCUGAUACCACCAGCACCACCCUGGAGUAUAUGCUGCUUCUUCUCCACCCCCGCUCCGUCUUCAUCAUCAGAGCGAAUUCGCUUCAAAUCUGCAAAAAACUGA